UAUACCAAACUUCACCGAGUUGGUUUACAGAGACAACACAAACAACGAAGAUGAUGAUAGGAGAGCGAAAUCACUUCCCAAAUCCGACGGUCCACGUCCCUCCAUGGUCUCUCCUUCAUGAUCCAACGGUUGAUAAUUGUUUUCAGUACGGUGUAACCAACAAUGCCGACGAGUACCCUCCGUACGAUGCUCUGGCGGCGCUGUACCGUUACUUGCCGUCAAACGACGUCGAUUUGGACUCCGACGAGUUGGUUGGUGAGUCGGAUCACGGAGUCGACUCCGAUAACUUCAGGAUGUUCGAGUUCAAGGUCCGAAAGUGUACCCGAGGCCGAUCACACGACUGGACGGAGUGUCCGUUUGCUCAUCCGGGGGAGAAAGCCCGCCGGAGAGACCCGAGAAAGUACCACUAUUCGGGUACGGCUUGCCCCGAGUUCAGGAAGGGGAAUUGUAAGAAGGGUGAUGGGUGUGAGUUCGCGCAUGGCGUGUUCGAGUGCUGGCUCCACCCGGCUCGGUACCGGACUCAACCCUGUAAGGAUGGGUCGAACUGUCGCCGCCGGGUCUGCUUCUUCGCGCACUCGCCGGACCAGCUUCGGGUUCUGAGCUCGAGAACUCCGGGUUUGCCCGAAUCGUAUGAUGGGUCGCCGCAGAGGUUGGCUUUCAUGUCGCCGGAGUCUGUUUCGCCUCCGUCGGAGUCGCCGCCGCUGUCGCCGUCGCUGGGUUCGAACUCCAUUAACGAAAUGGUUCUCUCUCUGCGUCAGUUACAGCUUAACAAGGUCAAAUCCAUGCCUUCUUCGUGGGGUCUUCAGAUGAGUGGGUCUGGUUUCGGGUCACCAAGGUUGUCCAUGACCCGACCCACUUUCUGUAGCUUGCCGUCGACUCCGACUAUGACCCCGACCCGGAAGGUGAUCGGACCGUUUGAUCUUGAGGAGGAACCCGUGAUGGAGAGGGUAGAGUCGGGUAGGGAUCUUAGGGUCAAGAUGUUCGAGAAAUUAAGCAGGGAGAACCCGCUGGAUCGGGCUGAACCGAAACAACCUUCUCCGGGUCCAGAUGUUGGGUGGGUCUCUGAGCUGGUAAAGUGAAGUGGGUUCUGGUUCUUGUUCAUGAUUUUCUUGGGUUGGGUUAUUUGGUGAUAGAUAUUUAUAUAUAUAUAUAUAUAUUUUUCUUAUUUUUCUUAUCUUUUUUCUACCUAAAUGUGAAUAUUAUGAAAAUAUAUAUUAGAGAGAGAGAGAGAGAGAGAGAGAGAGGAAUAUCAUUUUGGAAGCAACAAUUUGAAGAUUUGGAAGUGUACAAGUAGUGGAAUCAUAUCUAAAAAAUAUGUAGGGAUAUCUCUUUUUAGGGGAAUUUUCUGAGAGAUUAAGGAAGGAAUUUGGGGAAGACAUUUUGUAUAGACAGGACUGUGGUCUGCCUAGGAAAGAGGGGGCAGAACAUUGGAUUUUCCCCUUUUUUUCUUUAUUUUGGCUCUCUCGCAAUAGUAUUUAUUUUGUGUUGUGAUCAUCUUCAAUUAACUCAUUGUAUUGUUCAAAUUUAAUUAUGUUCAGUGCCGAUAUUAAUGUAAUGGAAAUAUUUGAUCAAAUAUUUUAAAGUGUUCCUUCAUUUUCUUUA